AUGGCAUCAAAACAUACGAAAUGGAGAUCGAAAUAUAAAUGCAGAAAUACAUACAAACACAGCGGACGACUUGGACGACGUGGACGAAAGCAGUUGGACGGCGAACGACGAAUAGACGGCGACGUGGACGACAAACACGGCAUGGCAGUUGGACGGAGUGACGAAGAACACGGCGGAGGGUGUGAACGAAAGAGGUUUGACUCGGAGCGGAUGAAGGACAGAGCGUCUCAGAGCGCGGCUAGGUUCGGCGAAAUGUGUGAACGAAAAAGAAGUUGGAGAGCGUUGCUGCUUUUGUUUUCCUUAUCUGUAUCAGCUAGGGCAUUAACUGAGACUUCCACUAAUGCCAACAAAGAGGAGGUUGUUGAAAACUCAGAUGAAGUAAAUGAUGCCAAACAAUUUGUUUACGGAGGCUAUGGUGGAGGCUAUGGCGGAGGCUAUGGUGGUUACCAUGGAGGAUACGGUGGUUACCACGGAGAUCACGGUGGAUACGGUGGCUACCAUGGGGGCAAUGGUGGUUAUAAUGGUGGCAAUGGUGGAUACCAUGGCGGCGGUGGUUACAAUGGUGGCAAUGGUGGUUACCAUGGUGGUGGUUACGGACAUGGAGGUGGCGGUGGUGGCGGCGGUGGUGGAGGAGGCUAUGGUGGUCGUGGUGGAGGAGGCGGUGGAGGCGGUGGUUACGUUAGUGGAGAGGUUUCCAACAAUGCUUCAGUCUGCCUUCGACAAUCAACAGAAACGCUUCUCCAAUCUCUUCUCUCGAAUCUCUCUGUUAAUGCCUCUGAUUCCGUCUAUCAUCUUCGCUUCGAGCCUUCGUCAACUCCUCCAUCGCUCUGUCAAAGUUCAACCAUCUUUCUCUCUUUGCCUAUUCAAAUCGAUGAUGAGCCACUUCGCAACGCCUCCACACGCCCUCAGAAUCUUUCAAUCUCUGCUCAUCUCGCUCAAUUCGUCCAUCUCGAUCUCGCGUCAUCCUCUGUCGUCUUGAUUCAAAUUCCGAUGACCUCACUAUGUCAACACUGUAUUGUGAAUAACAUCUCAGGCUUCAUCAACAAACUUCAUUCAUCCACUGUCUCAAGCUUCAACGUUUCUCUUUUGACAAAGCUUCGCUGCACGGUUCCACUUCUAUUCGAAUGCGUUCGUGAUUUGGUCGCUCUUCUCAAUGUUUCAAUCUCAGGUUUCAAUUACCUCCGUGAUUUUUCUUUAGCAAUCAUUUCAUCAUAUCAUAAAUUUAGAUCGAAAAGAGUUUGA